AUGUGGAACUCGCUGAAGACGAAGGAAGCGCAUGAUGCCGCAACGAUGCGUGAAAAGAUGAUGGGAGAAAGACCCGAGUUCUUUGGGAAUAUGAUGCGAAAUGAAGCUAGAAUGGAGCGAUACCAAGGCGAUACCUAUAGCGGCAUCCGGAUCGUCGAACUAUUGGCAGAGAGACGGAGAAUAAUCACUCUGCAAUUGCAGCGCGAGAUGGGACGAAGCGUAGCAACGAAGCUCGAAGACACGACAGCGGGAAGAUAUAUCGACGGUGAACUGGCCAAUGCACGCGAGAAGUACGAGACGCAAAAGCGGGAGCUAGAGGAAUGUGCAGAGGAGGCUGAAGAUGAUGAGGACCUAAGAAGCGAGUUCUUCGAGCAAGCUGAAGACUUCACUCGCCUGGUCGACAACAUCGUAACUGAUCAAAAGAGUCUUUCCGUCACACUCGAAGACAUGCGAAAUGAGCAGGUGGCAUCGUGUAGCAUAGGUCGCAACGAUCAGGCGGAGGAUACCUUGCAUGAGAACAACUCCGCGCGCAUCUUCGAGCUUGAGUAUGAGGUUCAAGGGCUGAAAAGAGUGAUAGAAGAGCAGCGUGUAGAAGGACUCCUGGCACAACGUGAAGGCAUCGAACGAAUCGACGCCGCCAGGCAGGAGAUAGCAGAAGCCAAAGAACGAGAUCAAGUUGUGCGAGAGAAAACAAAGGAAAGGCGGCCAAAAGAGGUCAUUACGUGGAUGCGAGAGUUCUUAGCUGGAAGACCCGCUGGAGAUAUUGUACCACCACCACGUCGAGCCGAAUCCAUGCCCAUAGAUCCAAAGGGCUCUAAGAAGCCUGGUUCAAAAGCCUGGAAGCGGAGCCGGUCAAAGGGUCGUCAGAGUGGUAGACCGGAUAUCAAGCGCACAUCCUCGGAUGAUCACCCAAAACAGUCCUCCACUACUCCGCAAUACCUCCAGGAUCAACAGACCGACGAGCCUGGCUCCCUCGAUGUAUCAGAAAACGAGUAUGAGAGCGAUGUGGAAGACUCGUCGUCUCCAAUGUAUACGCUGUAUCACACUCAUUCGUAUACGCCUGUGGCCCCCCUCAGCCUCUGA